AUGACUACUACCACCACCACUUACACUACUACCACUACCACGCUAUGUCAAGAGACCACUCUCGGGGAUCUCCAAGAGGCAUUGUCGCAAUCCCAUCAGGAUGUAUUGAUUAAAAACCAGGAAUUGCUGGUCUCCGUCGCGGAAUCAGUCAAGGAUUACAUGUCGCAAUAUGACCUGUCGCACGACUUCAACCACAUCCUUCGCGUGUUGACGCUUUCGCGACGGAUUCUGGAUGUUGAAUGUCAAGAUGGAGGAAUUGAAUAUGAUCCAAUAAUUGUCUUUUUAAGCGCCCUCCUCCACGACAUCGGCGACCACAAAUACAUCAAAACAGGCGAAAGCGCCACGGUCCAAAUAGCCACCAUCCUCUCCAAAGCCGGCGCAUCACCGUCGCUUACGCAGAAAGUUCGGAUAAUCGCCAGCAACAUCUCCUAUACCACGGAAAUCAAAGACCCCGCACGGCUACAGGGCAUACUGCAACAUCAUCGGGAAUUGGGUAUCGUGCAGGACGCAGAUAGACUAGAUGCAAUUGGGGCGACGGGGAUCGGACGGGCGUUUGCAUUUGGGGGCGCGAAGAAGCCGGAUUUGGGGUUGGAGAACCCGAGGGAGCAUAUAAGUGAGAAGUUGGAGAGGCUGGUGGAUUUUAUGAAGACGGGGGCAGGGAAACGUAUGGCUGUUGAACGGACGAAGAGGCUGAGGAUUUUUCAAGAGUGGUGGGAUGAGGAGAUGAGGUUUGAGUCUUGA